GUGUUUGUUGCUUCGAUCCUGAGACAUAUUAGGAAUUCAUCCGUGAUUAUGGAUUGUAAUAUGAUCGCUUGCGGUUUCUCUUUCCUCCUGCUUUUUCUGCAUGGCGCAUAUGCAGAUCUGAGCUAUUCGUUUCCGGAGGAGAUGAAACGAGGAUCAGUUAUUGGAAAUAUGGCCAAGGAUCUCGGGCUGCAGACGAGCGCACUGUCUAACAGAAGAGCCCGUAUCGACACCGAUGAAACUGAUAAACGUUACUGUGACAUAAACCUGAAUAACGGAGAGUUGAUUGUUGCCGACAGGAUUGAUCGAGAGGGGCUCUGUGGAGAAAAGGCUUCGUGCAUCCUAAAACACGAGCUGGUGCUGGAGAAUCCUCUCGAGCUCCAUCGGAUCAGUCUGCACGUUCAAGAUAUUAAUGAUAACUCGCCUCAGUUUAAGGAAGAAUUGAUAAAUAUAGAAAUCCGAGAGUCGGCAGUCAGGGGAGCUCGUUUUGUGAUCGAGGAGGCACACGAUGCGGAUGUAGGACAGAAUUCAGUUCAGCAGUACAGCCUUAAGAAGAAUGAUAAUUUCAUUUUGGCUGCUGAUGGAAACACAAUAGAGCUUGUUCUGGAUAAAGAGCUCGAUCGAGAAAAACAGCAAGAGCUCAAUUUGCUUCUUACAGCUCUAGAUGGUGGCUCUCCUCAGAGAUCAGGUACUGUAGUCAUACACGUCACUGUGCUGGAUGCUAAUGAUAACGCCCCAGUGUUCAGCCAGGCCGUUUAUAAAGCCAGUCUGCCUGAAAAUUCUCCUGUAGAUACUAUAGUGGUCACAGUGAGCGCUACUGAUGCAGACGAGGGAGUCAAUGGAGACGUGACUUAUGAAUUCGGACAUGUUACAGAAGAUGUGAAGAAGAUAUUUAGUAUUGACCGUAAGGUGGGGGAUAUACGUGUUAUUGGCUCUGUUGACUAUGAAGCCACCACUUCAUUUGAAAUACGUCUUAAAGCAAAAGAUGGAUUAGGGCUGUCAUCUUAUGCUAAAGCAAUAAUUUCUGUCACUGAUGUGAAUGACAACGCUCCUGUAGUAGAUUUGAAAUCACUGACUAACCCCAUACCUGAGGACAUCCCACCUGGUACAGAGGUGGGCAUCAUUAACGUGCAGGAUAGAGACUCUGAGAAUAACAGACAGGUCCGCUGCUCCAUUCAGCAAAACGUCCCUUUUAAGUUGGUUCCUUCUAUUAAAAACUAUUAUUCUCUGGUGACCACAGGACAACUGGACCGUGAAGUAGUGUCUGAUUACAACAUUACAAUCACUGCCAGUGACGAGGGCUCUCCACCUCUGUCCUCCUCUAAAAGUGUUGAGUUAUCUGUAGCAGACAUCAACGACAACCCACCUGUGUUUGAGGAACAGUCGUACAGCGCAUAUGUGAGUGAAAAUAACAAACCUGGCUCCACUUUAUGUUCCGUUAGUGCUCGAGACCCCGACUGGAGACAAAACGGUACAGUGAUUUAUUCUCUGUUACCCGGUGAGGUGAACGGUGCCCCGGUGUCGUCCUAUGUGUCUGUUAACGGAGACACGGGGGUGAUCCACGCUGUGAGGUCGUUUGAUUAUGAACAGUUCAGGAGUUUUAAAGUCCACGUGAUGGGCAGAGACAACGGUUCUCCUCCGCUGAGCAGCAACGUGACCGUCAGUGUGUUCAUAUCGGAUGUGAAUGACAACUCUCCUCAGAUACUGUACCCCGGGCCGGAGGGCAACUCCUUCAUGACCGAGCUGGUCCCCAAAGCUGCACACGGAGGCUCUCUGGUGUCCAAAGUGAUAGCGGUGGACGCGGACUCCGGACAGAACGCCUGGCUGUCCUAUGAUAUAGUGAAAUCCACAGAUCCGGGCCUUUUCACUAUUGGUGUCCACAGCGGAGAGAUCAGGACACAGCGGGACAUUUCCGAGUCUGACAGCAUGAAACAGAACCUGAUUGUGUCAGUGAAAGAUAACGGACAGCCCUCUCUGUCUGCCACCUGUUCCAUGUAUUUACUGAUUUCUGAUAACUUGGCUGAGGUGCCAGAACUGAAGGACAUUUCUUAUGAUGAGAAGAAUUCCAAACUGACGUCUUAUCUGAUCAUCGCGCUGGUGUCUGUGUCGACGUUUUUCCUGACCUUCAUCAUCAUCAUCCUGGGUGUGAGGUUUUGUCGCAGGAGAAAGCCCAGACUGUUGUUUGAUGGAGCAGUUGCCAUCCCCAGCGCUUAUCUCCCUCCUAAUUACGCAGAUGUUGACGGCACAGGAACUUUACGCAGCACUUACAAUUAUGACGCCUACCUGACAACAGGUUCAAGAACCAGUGACUUUAAGUUCGUGUCAUCUUACAAUGACAACACACUGCCUGCUGACCAGACUCUGAGGAAAAGUCCAUCAGACUUUGCCGAUGCCUUUGGAGAUAGUGAUGGCUCUCCUGAGACUGUCUUUGUCCUUUUUAUUCCUCUGCCUGUCAGAAACUUUUCGUCGACGAUGGAUUCGAAAAUGUUCUUGUUUCAGACGUGCGGGUUUCAUUUCCUCCUGCUUUUUCUGCAUGGCGCAUAUGGAGACAUGAGCUAUUCUUUUCCGGAGGAGAUGAAACGAGGAUCAGUUAUUGGAAAUAUGGCCAAGGAUCUCGGGCUGCAGGCGGGUGCGUUCUCCAACAGAAGAGCCCGCAUCGACACCGAUGAGACUGAUAAACGUUAUUGUGACAUAAAUCUGAAUAACGGAGAGUUGAUUGUUGCCGACAGGAUUGAUCGAGAGGGGCUCUGUGGAGAAAAGGCUUCGUGCAUCCUGAAACACGAACUGGUGCUGGAGAAUCCUCUCGAGCUCCAUCGGAUCAGUCUCCACAUUCAAGAUAUUAAUGAUAACUCGCCUCAGUUUAACGAAGAUUUGAUUAAUAUCGAAAUUCAAGAGUCGGCAGUCAGGGGAGCUCGUUUUGUGAUUGAGGAGGCACACGAUGCGGAUGUAGGACAGAAUUCAGUUCAGCAGUACAGCCUUAAGAAGAAUGAUAAUUUCAUUUUGUCCGUUGAUGGAAACACAAUAGAGCUUGUUUUGGAUAAAGAGCUCGAUCGAGAAAAACAGCAAGAGCUCAGUUUGCUCCUGACAGCUUUAGAUGGUGGCUCUCCUCAGAGAUCAGGUACUGUAGUCAUACACGUCACUGUGCUGGAUGCUAAUGAUAACGCCCCAGUGUUCAGCCAGGCCGUUUAUAAAGCCAGUCUGCCUGAAAACUCUCCUGUAGGUACUGUAGUGGUCACAGUGAGUGCUACUGAUGCCGACGAGGGAGUCAAUGGAGACGUGACUUAUGACUUUGGACAUGUUACAGACGAUGUAAGGAAGAUAUUUAGUAUUGAUCGUAAAAUGGGGGAUAUUCGAGUGAUUGGCGCUAUUGAUUAUGAAACUACGAAAUCAUUUGAAAUACGUCUUAAAGCAAAAGAUGGGUUAGGGCUGUCAUCUUAUGCUAAAGCAAUAAUUUCUGUCACUGAUGUGAAUGACAACGCUCCUGUAGUUAAUUUGAAAUCAUUGACUAAUCCCAUACCUGAGGACAUCCCACCUGGUACAGAGGUGGGCAUCAUUAACGUGCAGGAUAGAGACUCUGAGAAUAACAGACAGGUCCGCUGCUCCAUUCAACAAAACGCCCCUUUUAAGUUGGUUCCUUCUAUUAAAAACUAUUAUUCUCUGGUGACCACAGGACAACUGGACCGUGAAGUAGUGUCUGAUUACAACAUUACAAUCACUGCCACUGACGAGGGCUCUCCACCUCUGUCCUCCUCUAAAACUGUUGAGUUAUCUGUAGCAGACAUCAACGACAACCCACCUGUGUUUGAGGAACAGUCGUACAGCGCAUAUGUGAGUGAAAAUAACAAACCUGGCUCCACUUUAUGUUCCGUUAGUGCUCGAGACCCCGACUGGAGACAAAACGGUACAGUGAUUUAUUCUCUGUUACCCGGUGAGGUGAACGGUGCCCCGGUGUCGUCCUAUGUGUCUGUUAACGGAGACACGGGGGUGAUCCACGCUGUGAGGUCGUUUGAUUAUGAACAUGGAACUGGAGUAUUGGGUUAG